GAGAAACAUCGCAUAUGUGGUAAAUACGAGAACAUCAUGGAUCAAGGAUCAAAGAGUCCUGUCUAUCAACAUGUGAAUAUCCAAAAGAAGUCUUAUAAAAAUAAUGACCUUGGCAAAAUGCUUUAUGAAUCAUCUCAGUGUAUACCUUAUAACACCAGCGAUACUACAGGAAACCAUCAAAGAAUUCAUACAGGAAAGGAACCUUACAAAUAUGGUGAAUGUGAAAAGUCCUUUGGAUGUAGCUCAAAUCUUGGAACACAUCAGAAAUCUCAUAAAGGACAGAAACCUUGCAAAUGUAGUGAAUGUGAGAAGUCAUUUACAUGUAAUUCAACUCUUAAAAAUCAUCAGAAGAUUCAUAUGGGAGGGAAACCUUACAAAUGUAGUGAAUGUGUGAAGUCAUUUACAUGUAGUUCAGCCCUUAAAAAUCAUCAGAGAAGUCAUACAGGAGAGAAACCUUAUAAAUGCAGUGAAUGUGAGAAGUCAUUUUUAUAUAAUUCAAUUCUUAAAAAUCAUCAGAGAAUUCAUACAGGAGAGAAACCGUACAAAUGUAGUGAAUGUGAGAAGUCAUUUACAAAUAGUUCAAAUUUUAAAAAUCACCAGAGAAUUCAUACAGGAGAGAAACCUUACAAAUGUAGGGAAUGUGAGAAAUCCUUUGGAUCUGGCUCAACUCUUAUAAAACAUCAGAGAAUUCAUACAGGUGAGAAACCUUACAAAUGUAGGGAAUGUGAGAAAUCCUUUACAUAUGUCUCACAUCUUAAAAGACAUCAGAUACUUCAUACAGAAGAAAAACCUUAUAAAUGUAAUGAAUGUGCAAAGUCCUUUGCAUGUAGCUCAAAUCUUCAGUCACAUAUGAAAAGCCAUACAGGAAAGAAAUCUUACAAAUGUAGUGAAUGUGAGAAAUUCUUUAAAUAUAGAUCAGGUCUUAGAAGUCAUGAGAGAAUUCAUAGAGGAGAAAAACCUUACAAAUGUUGGGAAUGUGAGAACUCCUUUUCAAGUACUUCCGAACUUAGAAUACAUCAGCAACUUCAUAUAGGAGAGAAACCUUACAAAUGUAGUGAAUGUGUGAAAUCAUUCAUGUGUGCCUCAACUCUUAAAAAACAUCAGAGAGUUCAUACAGGAGAGAAACUUGUAGCUAAUUCCACUAAUGCUUUAGCUAGCAGACACAGCUAAGGAUCUAUCAGAAAAUUCAUCCUGGGGAGAGAAGUUUCUGUUGGAAAUGACUUUGUAUAUGUUUUUUCCAAGCUCUAUUCUUAAAAGACAAUAGAAAAUAUUAUGAACAUUAGAUAGCCUUUAUGUAAUUUCGAACUCUUAGAAAAUAUCUAUAGUUUGCACUGAGCAAACAUUCUAAAUGUAGGAAAAAAUUCAUUAAAACAUUUUACUCUUAACCUCAAAGACUGCAUAAUUUAUGCAAAGUAGUAAAAACAGGAAGGUAAUGUUGAUUAAAAUUUUUUCUGGAGACUGCAACAUUUCAUCAUGAAGGGAAGGUAAUAACACAAAAAAAUAACACCUUCAUAUAUCAUCAGGAAGUCUGCAAAACUGAUAGGAUUUCUUAUGCUUAAGUCCCCUGAAGAAACUCAGACCAGUAAUGCUGCUUAGAAGAAGCUCUGAUGAAUUGAGAUACCAAGAAAUGAUACCCUCCAACAUGUAGACAGGCCUACACAUGUGUAGUGGGCUCAGGGUGUCCAUUGUUCAUAAGUUGUAUCCCAAGGUGGGUUGGAGUUUCAUGGUAGCAACUGUCUGAGCCCCUUUUACUACUGUAAGCAACUCCUUUCACAUAUUCCUGUAAGUAACCUGAAUAAAACU